AUGUUCGAGGUGGCGGCGUCAGCGCCGGGGACUCGUUUCCAUCCCGUGUCCCUGGCGUUUAAGGACGUCACGUACACCGUCACGCUGGGGCGAGGCAAGGCGAAGACCAACACGCUCAUUCUGGAUAACCUCACGGGAUACGUUAAGGCCGGCUCCUUUCUCGCCAUCAUGGGCCCCUCAGGCUCUGGCAAGACGAGUCUGCUGAACGUGCUGGCAGGAAGGGUGAUGCGCGCUGGAGCCCCCACCUCUCUAGCGGGGCAGGUGCUGGUGAACGGGCGGGCGCGGGACGAGAGCUUCAGGCGCAUAUCCGCGUACGUGAUGCAGGACGACCUCAUGUUCUCCACGCUCACCGUCUGGGAGACGCUGCAGACGGCUGCUAUGCUGCGCCUGCCGUCGACCACGCCCAAGGCGCAGCGCCUGCAGCUGGCGGAGUCCAUCAUUGCGGAGCUGGGGCUGAGCAAGGCGCGGAAUACCCCGAUCGGGAAUGAGAUGAUUCGGGGAGUUAGUGGUGGGGAGAGGAAGCGGACGAACAUUGCGGUGGAGAUGCUUUCAAACCCCUCGCUUGUGUUCCUGGACGAGCCAACAUCCGGGCUGGACAGCUUCCAGGCGCUCAACGUGAUGAGUGCGCUCUCUGAUCUCUCCAAGAGCGGCCGCACCGUCAUCUCCACCAUCCACCAACCGCGCUCCUCCAUCUUCGCCCUCUUUGAGAACCUGCUGCUGCUGAGCGAGGGCCGGAUGGUCUUUUUCGGGCAGGCUGCAGAUUCAAUCGACUACUUCUCCCGCCAGGGCUUCGCCUGCCCGGAGCACUUCAACCCGGCCGACUAUUUCAUGGAUAUGAUUUCCAUCGACCGCCGCGACGAGCAGCGGGAAACCGACAGCACUGCGCGCAUCCAGCAGCUCACCUCCUCGUACGAGCCUUCACGGGAGGUUCGGCCGGACCUGCACCAGAAGAGCAUGGAGGAGCAGGCGGAGGCUACGGAGGGGAUGAAAUACUCCAAGUAUGCGUCUACUUGGGUGACGCAGCUGGUGGUGCUGGCGCGGCGGUCCUGGUGGCAGGUGACGAGGGAUAGGCUCCCGAUAGCGAUCGCGUACGUGCAGGCGAUGGUGAUGAUGGUGAUGAUCUGUAUUCUCUACUCCAACUCGCUCGAGUAUCCGGUGCAGAACAUGACCGGCUCCAUUUUCUUCAUCGCCCUCUUUCUCGCCUUCAACGGCAUCUUCCAGAUGAUCACGACCUUUCCACUGGAGAAAGGUGUGGUGAACCGCGAGCGGUCGUCCAACAGUUACCGCAUUACCGCAUACUACCCCGCCAAAGUGCUCUCAGAGUGGCCCAUCCGCAUCGGCCCGGUGCUCGUGUUUGGGAUGAUCGCCUACUGGCCCAUUGAGUACCAGCGCGUGGCCUCCAAGUUCUUCCUCUUCCUCGUCAUCCUCAUGCUCGAAUUCACCGCCAUGAACGGGCUCGGCAUCGUGAUUGGGUCGAUAGCACCCACUCCUCAAAUUGCUCUAGCCAUGGGUCCGCUGUUCACAGUCGUGCUGAUGCUGUUUGGGGGCUUCUACGUGAACAUCGACUCCAUCCCUGUGUGGAUCCGCUGGGUGCGCUACAUCUCGCCCAUCCAGUGGGGCUUUGUGGGACUGGCCGUCAACCAGUUCGAGGGGCUGACCUUUUCCUGCACCGACUGUCCAACUGGGGAUCAGAUCCUCCAGCAGCUCUCCAUUGCGAACUACACUGUGGGCGAGGCGAUACUGUACCAGUGCUGCUUGAUUGUGGGCAUGCACCUAAUCGCAUGCACAGCCCUCAUGUUGAAUGGCCCUAAGAUGCAGCCUCUCAGCGCGCUGGGUUCCAAGGCCAAGCCAGUCCUCUUGCCGAUGGAGGAGGAGACUCCCGAGGCUCUUGCUGCUGUUGUUAGCAGUGGGGAGGGUGGCGAGGAUAGGGCUCCUACCGAGGAAGAAAGGGCGUUGAAAGUGGAGCACCUGAACGACUCUCCUCUCCGUACAUACUUCAGAAUAAUUUUCCCUUUUCACAACAAGCCUACUCACGAGCCGCUACUUGCGGCAAGCCUACUUUGGAAUAGUGGCGCUGCCGCGCUGUUCUCUGCCGGAGAACGCAGAUGCAGCCAACUUCGAGUGGCUAGGUUGUGUAGACUCGUGAAGCCCUUAGCUGAGAGAGUAUUAUCCGUCUUUACUCGUCGCUGCCGCUCGAAAUCAGUGACACGAAACGAUGGAGAAGCAUCGGGUUAUUCUUGUAUUUCUUCUUCUAUGCACUCUCGCAUCCGUGGCUUCCUCGAAAGUGCUGUACAAGAGGGCGACAGCCAUUCUUUCAGGAGUCAAUGUCUUUGGAGGUACCGACUUAAACCUCGGAUUCGGACGAGUUGGCAUCUCCGUUUACUUAGAUGGAUUAUCUUACGUGGUGAAGACUUAUGUGACGGCCAACAACAUGUUCAGUAA